AUGGCUUCCUUUCGAAGUGCGGCACACCAGAAGAGCCUCUCGGUGGAGGAGCGGGCGGAGAUGCGCGAGAAGUUCGAAGAGAUCGACACCAACAAAGACGGCUUCAUCGAGCUGAAAGAGCUUAAGGAUGCGCUCGAUCAGGUGGGCUUCAAACUGCCCGGCUACCAGAUACGGCUGAUGAUCGACGAAUACACGAACAAGCAGCGAUCGCAGCACAUCGGCAAGCUCUCGUACGACGAGUUCGAGACGAUGUGCAUGCAACUGAAGGCGCAGGAUGUGGCAAGCACGUUCAAGAAGGUCGUCUCCAAGAAGGAAAACCUGGAAACGCUCGGCGGCAUGUCGGAUUCGUCGGCCGCCGGUACCACGCACUCGGUGCGCGUCGAGGAGCAGCUCGCAUUCAGCGACUGGAUCAACUCGAACCUGCUGCAAGACCCGGACCUGAAGCACCUGCUGCCGCUCGAUUCGGAGGGCAAGCAGCUGUACGACAAGAUGAAGGACGGCAUCCUGCUGUGCAAGAUCGUGAACCACUCCUGCCCGGACACGAUCGAUGAGCGAGCGAUCAACAAGAAGAACCUAACCGUGUACACGAAGUUCGAGAACCUCACGCUGGCGCUGGUGUCGUCGCAGGCGAUCGGGUGCAACAUCGUCAACAUCGACGCACACGAUCUGGCGAAGGGUAAACCCCAUUUGGUGCUUGGGCUGCUGUGGCAGAUCAUCCGCAUCGGGUUGUUCAGUCACAUCACACUUGACAGCUGUCCGGGGUUGGCUACACUGCUGUCGGAUGGCGAACGGCUCGAGGAUCUGAUGAAGCUAUCCCCGGAGGCGAUCCUGUUGCGGUGGGUCAAUCACCACCUAGAGCGAGCGGGUGUUGCGAGACGUUGCACCAACUUCCAGAGUGACAUCUCCGAUUCGGAGGUGUACUCGUACUUGCUGAACCAAAUUGCGCCCAAGGAUGCUGGCGUCAACUUGGAAGCACUCAGGGAACAAAACGCCUUAAACCGUGCCGAAGUGAUGCUGCAGCAGGCGGCCAAGCUUAAUUGCCGAUCAUUUGUCACCCCGCAAGACGUCGUUAACGGUGUCUACAAGCUCAAUUUAGCGUUCGUGGCCAAUCUGUUCAACAACCACCCCGGUCUGGACCAGCCGGAAGAGAUUGAGGGGCUGGAAUCGAUCGAGGAAACGCGCGAAGAGAAGACGUACCGGAACUGGAUGAACUCGAUGGGCGUGAAACCGCACGUCAACUGGCUGUACUCGGACCUCGCGGACGGGCUGAUCAUCUUCCAGCUGUUCGACAUCAUCCAGCCGGGCAUUGUUCAGUGGAAACGCGUGCAUCAGAAGUUCACGCCGCUGCGCAAAUUCAUGGAAAAGCUGGAAAACUGCAACUACGCGGUCGAGCUGGGCAAGCAGCUUAAGUUCUCGCUGGUCGGCAUCGCCGGGCAGGAUCUAAGCGAUGGCAAUGCGACGCUCACGCUUGCACUGAUCUGGCAGCUGAUGAGAGCGUACACGCUGUCGAUUCUGUCGCGCCUGGCGAACACCGGCAAUCCGAUCAUCGAGAAGGAAAUCGUGCAGUGGGUCAACUCGAAGCUGCAGAGCGCCGGAAAGCGCACGAGCCUGAGAAGCUUCCAGGAUUCGGCGAUCGCCGACGGCAAGAUCAUCAUCGAUCUGAUCGACACGAUCAAGCCGGGUAGCAUCAACUACGACAACGUGCGCGAGGGAGGCAACCCGGAGGAAAACCUCGAGAACGCCAAGUACGCCGUCUCGAUGGCACGCAAGAUCGGUGCGCGCGUGUACGCCCUGCCGGAAGACAUCACCGAGGUGAAGGCGAAGAUGAUUAUGACCGUGUUCGCGUGCCUGAUGGCGAUGGACUACGUGCCGAACAUGGACAGCGCGAAACCGGCCGCAGCACCGGUUGCUUCCGUCGUGCAGAGCGAACCGCCCGUCGUCACCAAUGGUACUAAUGGAAACGGUGCUCUAGGCGAAGAGGACGAUCAUCACCAUCACGAGGCCGGCACAGAAUCGACGGGGGCCGCUGCCAGUGAAACGAUAUCCACAUCACCGAUGCCUGUGGAUGAAUUCGCGGAUUGA